UGAAAAUAGAACAGACUGAGCCCUAAAAUUUGGUCUAUUUUUUAAUUAUUAUUUUACUUAUUUGAUCUAUUCUAUUUAGCUGCGUCAACUCAAAGCUCAGAUGAAUCUGAGUCUGUCCGACGGAUUCUAAUUUCGCUGGAAGAUGAGUUUCUGUGAUCUCUUCCUGGGAUCGAGAAUUGCUACAAUUUCUAGAGAUUUGAUUUCCGCGGAUCUAAAUAGAAGAGUUUGUUGAAGUUGAAUUGUAAUGGAUAAAAAUAUAAUUCUAGCAGUGUUUUUAUUGUUUUUCGUUGUUGCUGAUGUUUCCAAUGCUAAAUUUCGCCACUUAGCUGCGGUCGAUCCGAACAAUAAUUCAGCUACAACUCAGGUUUCGGGUGCUAAUAAACCGGUUGAAGCUGGGAAUAAGAAGAAGCCAGAGGCAGUGGGCAGUUCAUCACAGUUGGAUUCAAAAGAGUUGAAUAAAAGGGAUUUGGUGAGUCCACCUCCCCCUAAUGAAACAACUGAUAAUAGUAAAAGUUCUAAUACUGCGGAUUCAGUGAAUCCAAAUGUCCAAAACAAAACUAGUGAUAACCCAAAUGGUUCCAAUAAUACGGAUAAUUCUAAGAAUUCUAAUGUAAAGGAUUCUUCAAUGAGUCAUCCUGAUAAGGAAAAGAGUAUGAACAAUUCUAGUGAUACGGCUGUGAGUACUCAAGUUAAAGGAACGGACAAUGGGAAGAAUGGGGGAAUGGAUCGUGAGAAGAAUGGAGGAACAGAUAACAGGAAGAAGGAUGGAACAGAUAGUAGUAAGGAUGUAACAGAUAACGGGAAGAAGGAUGGAACAGAUGGUGGUAAGGACGUAACAGACAGUGGGAAGAAGGAUGAAACAGAUAGUGGCAAGAAGGACGGAACAGAUAGUGGCAAGAAGGGUGGAACAGAUAGUGGCAAGAAGGACGGAACAGAUAGUGGGAAGGAGGGAACCGAUAGUGGGAAGGACGAAACAGAUAGUGGGAAGAAGGACAAAACGAAAGAGAAUAAUAAUGAGGAUAAAAGGGAUUCAGAGUCUGGGGUUGAUGAAACUUGUUUGGGGUUACCUAACCGGUGCAGUGACAUGUCUGGCCUGAUCGCCUGUAUUAAGAGUUUUGACACUGGUAAUUCAUAUUGGUUUUUGGCCUUUUUGAAAUUGUUUUAUUAGUUCUUGCAACUUACUGGUCUUUUAUUUCCUUCGGCUAAAAUGUUUGCUGGUGAUGGAUCUAUCGAAUUGAAGUGCUUUAGAAUGUGUGAUUGUUUUCAUUUAAGAGAUUAUGCAAUUACUGGAACUGCUUUUAUAGUAUUUGAUUUACAAGAAUGAAUAUAAUUUUUGAAUUUAUUGGAGGAUUGGUAUAGUUUAAAAAUAUCUGAGCAAAGUUAAUUUAUAUCAGGUCUUAAACAAUAAUGGAAUUUCUAUGCUGGGUAUUAAUGAUUGCUCUAGACUGUAUUUACUUGGGUUAUAGUGGUCAGUGCAAUCUGUAAGAUAAAUGCUCUUUAGAACAAGGGGAAAUAAGUAUUAGGAAGAGAUGAAGAGAAGAAGAAUCUAAUGCUCAUUUGGAAAUGAAAUGGAAAUUAAAACAAGGCACAAAGCAGCACCAUUGCUUUCACAAAUACAAUGUGGAGGCUUAUUGGGUUUGGGUUGCAUGGUAGUAAAUUUUUUAAGCAUG